AUAAAUGCUCAUGAAGCAGGACAGCAUUUCAGACACGCUCUGUAAACAUCAAAGCCUGCAAGGAAAAGACCACGCACAUCCUACAUCCAUCUGCUUCUGCUACAAAUACAUCCUUCCAAAAUUGAUGCUGUCCCACUGCACCUGAGGAGAUGAAAGUGGUAUACUUGUUGGUCCUUCUUCUCUCGCUGUCUGUGAGUGCACAGGCCUUACAGAGGGUCAGUCUGAAGAAAAUGCCCUCCAUUCGAGAAACUCUGAAGGAGACAGGCGUCACACCGGCACAGAUGUUUGCUGAACUUGAACUGAAAUCGGACAUUAGCCUGUCACCCAGAAAUGGAACAGCUCCAACACCUCUCACCAACUAUCUAGAUGCUCAGUACUUUGGGGAGAUCAGUAUUGGUUCACCAGCUCAGAUGUUCAACGUUGUGUUUGAUACGGGUUCUGCCAACCUUUGGGUGCCAUCACAUAUGUGUUCUCCUCUAUACACAGCCUGUUUUACUCAUAACAGAUAUGACGCCUCCAAAUCUCACACACACGUUUACAAUGGAACAGGAUUUUCAAUCCAGUACGCUUCUGGAAAUGUCCGGGGAUUCCUCAGUGAGGACAUAGUUGUGGUGGGUGGUAUCCCAGUGGUGCAAGUGUUUGCGGAGGCUACAGCUCUUCCAGCCAUCCCUUUCAUCUUUGCGAAGUUUGAUGGCGUGUUGGGAAUGGGCUAUCCGAAUGCGGCCAUUGAUGGCAUCACACCAGUGUUUGACCGCAUUAUGUCUCAGCAUGUGCUUAAAGAGGAAGUCUUCUCAGUAUAUUACAGCAGAGAUCCCCAAAGCAUCCCAGGAGGAGAGUUGGUACUGGGAGGUACAGAUCCAAAUUACUACACAGGCUCCUUCAAUUAUGUCCCCACGAAGGGGGAGGGCAAGUGGGAGGUCAUCAUGAAGGGUGUGUCUGUGGGGGCGGACAAGCUGUUCUGCACAGAAGGCUGUACAGCUGUGAUCGACACAGGUUCCUCCUUCAUAACUGGCCCCGCCUCCUCUGUUUCCAUCCUGAUGAAAACCAUUGGUGCUGUUGAGCUGGCAGAGGGAGGAUAUACUGUGAACUGUGACCUGGUCAUGUCUUUACCCAGUGUGAUCUUUCACCUUGGUGGAAAGGAGUAUCCUCUCACACAGGAAGACUACAUUCUCUGGCAGUCACAGUUUGGAGAGGACAUCUGCACCGUGACUUUCAGGGCACUGGAUGUACCACCUCCUACUGGUCCAGUUUGGAUAUUAGGUGCCAACUUUAUUGCCAGGUACUACACAGAGUUUGACAGAAGGAACAACCGCAUUGGGUUUGCCCAAGCAGUGUGACAGCUGCCAGAUAUUUACUGCUACUGUACCACGUGUUUAUCAAAACAACAAAUUAAUCAUUUUUCUUAAAUCUAAAAUAGUCUGAGCUGAUGACAGUUACUGCUAAGCUGUGAUUAUUCUUAACUUUUUCAUCUUGAAUGAUCAGCAACAUUUUGAUUUUUAACUGUAAAAUCUACUCCUAGGUGAUAUUAUUAGAUUACUAGAUUAUAGGUGUACAUUUGAGAACCCUGAAGUGAUAUAAUUAAAGUGAUACAAUAAGAAGGAGGAAGAAAAACUGCAAAAAAAAAAAGAUUUUAUAUACAGUCUGACUGCAUAUGGAAACCUCUUAGUAUAUCAGUAUCAAAGUAAAGCAAAUAAAUGUAAAAUAUACAUGCAAGAAAACAUUUGUAUUUCUACACUAUUACAUUUGUACUUUUCAUUUACAAACAUUUUUAAAAAGUUUUAAGAACUGAUUGUUAGAAUGCACUUAAUACAUUUAAUUUCUGUUUAAUGGAAGUCAUUUCUGAUACUGUUUUUCUAAAGGUCUGUACUGUUUCUGAUUAAAUAAUGAGAAAGCACAAAAAAAGAUUCUAUUCUGAACGGCAUGAUGAAACACUUGGGAACCUGGCUGAGAGAUCUCACUACUUGUCCUGUUUCCAGCCAUAUGGAGUUCUGAGAUUCAGACUCCAUUGUUAAUAGAAAAACAUGACUUGAUGGACAAGCCAAAAAACUGCACGAGCUGUUUUACUCCACUAGGGGAAAUUUGUCCUUUGGAUACUCCCAACUGGCAGACAAAUUAUCUACAAGAUCAGUCUGGGAGGCUUAUACUAAUAGUAAUGUAGUUGUCUGAAUGAAUAGCAAAUGGACUCGCCUCACAAGGAGGAUUUUUCUUAUUGUAGUUUGCUUGUCAACAGCAUCCAGGUAAUACACCAAGUAUGUAUCAAAAUGUUUUGUGCCAAUAUCAAUAUUGGAUAUUUUUCAUAGACAUAUCAAGUUACAGAAAAAUUACAGAAAAAUAUUCCUGUCUAAAGGGUAUAAAAUGCAUUAAAUCCAACAAAAUAGCAAGAUUUUAAAGUAAAAACAUGCUAAUAAUAUGAUUUUAAAAUCACUGUGCUAUCUCACGAAACACAGUCCAGAACCUAAAGCUUUUAGCACAAACCUUUAAAACUCUUCAAUCUUGAUACAACUUUAUUCUUAUCCUAACAAAAGCUUCUUUUUCCACAAAUGAAUUUCCUGAAUAAAUGACCAUCUGCUGUUUUGCA